AACCCCCGAGAAUUCUUUUCCCCAUUUCCGCUUUUUCUUUUUUCGUUUCCAAGGAACCGAGCAGAGGGGACCUCGCCGUGGGUCCAUGGCGGACAACACGCAGGAGCCGUUGCUGCCGGCCGCCGCCGAGUCGCCUCCAACCGCCGGCGACCACGUCCGCAGCAGCCUCGGGGAGCGCUUCCUCUCCUGGUUCCGGCGGUCCAGUCGCGAGAAGAAGCCCCCGUCGUCGCCGCCGAGCAGCACCGACGUCGCGCCCCCUCCAAGCCCCAAUGCCCUUGCCGCCGCCGCUGCCGGACUCGCUGAAGAGGCGGCACGCGGUCCAGCGCUCGUCGACGAGGCCAAGAGCUUCGCGGAGGCCGCCCGGGUCUUCGCGGAGGCCGAGGAACCCCGCGCCCCCCGCCUCGCCGAGGACCUCAUGGAGAGGGCGUCGGCGCUCGCCGUCGCCGCGGACCUGUUACUUCAGGAAUGGAUUUCCACGCCGACGUCCGCGACGAAGCUGGCGGUCAAGGCGCUGAGGCUGUCCAUGGACUCGCAAGUGCUGGUACCUGGGUUCGCGCUGUUCGCUGCUCCACCUCCAGACGAAGAAGGGUGGACCGAGCUGCGAUCUCUGCUCCGCCGUGCUCGUCAGUUCAGUAGUGAUGCCUCAGGUACAACUAUGGAUCAGGCUGCGAAAGACUUUUACCAGGCUGCUGAAGCAUUUGCUGCUGGUGAUCUUAAAUAUGAGAAAGUAAGGGAUAUACCACUGAGCCAGGCUGCAAUGCAUCUUUCAGCAGUUGCCAACCUGGCCCCACCAGAGGAGGAGAAGCUUGCCUUUAUUGCACAGCAACUAGAAUCUGAUGCAAGUAUCUUGGUGCUUGAAGAAAAGAACACAACAUUGGUGCAGUCACAAGUCGACCAUGUCGAAACGCGCACAUGUAUGCAAUGGCUCUUAGCAUGCAUCUCUGGCCCUUCCUUGCCUCUACACCGACAUGAAGUCAAGCGCCAGGAAAAAUUGGCUGAGAAAAGGCAAGUGAUCUUUGGCAUAUCACUCAGCACCCCAAUUGCUCUGCUUACAACCAUGAAAGCUGGAAGCGUCUUGCCGCCUGAACACACGGCUUGGGUUGGUGGAGUUAGCGCAACCAUUUGGGUUUUGGUCAAUGCUGGUUUUAUGAUGAGUCUCUAUGGGAAAACACAGUUUGAGCUUUGCGCUGCCCAGCAUUUGAGCCGCCUGGGCAUGUUGGGCUUAGCCAUUCUGGUUUGCUUUUACAUGUACUGGUGGUUCUUUCCUAGCAUCGAGGGGCUAUUUUGGGUACUUAUUGGCGUUGCUGCUUUUUUUCACUGCAUGUUGUGGCUCGUGGGUUGUUGCCGUCACGAUGAUGACAGCACGUUCACUUCACCGGCUGAUGAGGACUGCAUGUGUUCCAGGUGCACAGCUUGCUCAUGCGCUUGCAGACAGGCAGAUCUUGAGAGUUCUGUCUGAGGGCCACACGAACUAUUGAUGACUUAGUAAUUAGUUGUGCACAUAUCGAGUGGAUAGAGUUCUGGCUGAGUUCUGGCUGAGGCCAAGUACAGACUCAAAUACUGAGUGACAGUUUUUUCUUGCAUAGAGGAAGUAGACAGAAUUCUGGCUGAGGCCAAUCGCACUUUCAAAGACUAGGUAUAACAGUUUUUUGCAGAGAGAGUAGACACAGUUCUGGUGAGGCCAAUUGCAGUUUACUCGGUAACAUGUUUUGCAUAGAGUAGAGAAGAUUUCUGGCUGAGGCCAAGGGCAGUUUGAAAGACCCAAUAACAGGUUUUGCAUAGAGAGGCUAGACAGAGUUGUGGCUGAGGCCAAGUGCAGCUUUUGGGGAUUUGGUCACCCAUUUUGCAUGGAUAUAUUGUGUGUUGUGGCUAAGGCCAAGUGACUCAUUUGCUUGUUUUGUAUAGUUCAUGGGCUCUGCCACUCAACCUGGGUGUUUCUAUCGCUUAGAAUUUUGUGGUUGGUCAGUCAUUGUUAGUAGCAUCGUUGUGCAUUUUAUCUCAUGUGCUCCAAACACAAUUAUAGUCAUUUACUUGUGUAGAUGGUGGUUCUAUUGUACUAGAAGAAUCAUGUGCUACUUUGAUUUGAUCCUGUGAUCCACCAAACAUAUGUACAGCUGACGGAAGCUAAAGAUUUUCUUUAUCCUGAGUUGGGUCAUGGAGCCAAUGAUGUUAUUUGUCA